CACCUUCGGUCCCUAACCGAACGUUUUUGAAAAACUGACAGCUAAGCGCAGGUAGUGUUCGGCAGAUCUGAUGGUCUUAAUGAAUUGUCAAAUCUUAAUAAAAAUAAAUUUUAUUGAACGAUUUUGUUUUAUCUUUUAAAAAUCAUGCUCUUUAACGCACUCUUCGUUAUUAUCGCCUUAUUAUAUUCUCCUGUGAAUGGUCUUAUUGAUGGCUUAUAUUGCGGCAAGCACAACUGCUAUUCUGUGCUUGGAGUUGAAAGAGAUGCUUCGAAGGCUGAAAUUGCUAAAGCAUAUCGACAGUUGGCUCGCAGAUACCAUCCUGAUAUGCAGAAAGGAGCAGAGGCCAAAAGGAAGGCAUCUGAAAAGUUUACGCUGAUAGCAACUGCUUAUGAGACUUUAAAAGAUGAAGAAACAAGAAAAGAUUAUGAUUACAUGCUGGAUAAUCCAGAUAAGGUGUAUGGUCAUUAUUAUCGAUAUUAUCGCAGACAAAUGUCGCCAAAAGUUGAUGCAAGAAUAGUUAUUGCUGUCAGCAUAACAGUUAUCUCUAUUAUACAAUAUCUUGGGGCUUGGCAACGAUAUAAGUCUGCAAUCGACCAUCUUAUAUCAGUUCCAAAGUACCGAAUGAAGGCUAUUGAAAUUGCUAAACAGGAAAAACUUUUGGAAACAAGUAAGAAGCGUGACAGACGGUCAAAAGAACAGAUAAAAGAAGAAGAAGAAGCAAUUCUGAAGAAGAUUUUAGAACAAAAAAUGGAUAUUAGAGGAGGUUACUCUAAGCCAUCAAUCACAGAUGUGUUGUGGAUAAAGUUGAUAUUCCUUCCAUAUGUUAUUGCAAAAUACAUCAUUUGGAAACUACGAUGGAUUUGGAAAUUUGUUAUUUUAAAGCAAGAAUAUGGAGAUGAAGAAAAGUUAUAUCUGAUUAAAAAGCAUAUGAAGUGUUCUGAAACACAGUGGGAUGCAAUUCCUGGUGAUGAGAAAGAAGAAUGUUUUGAAGAAGAACUAUGGAUUAAAGAUAAUUUUGUAAAAUGGAAACAAAAGAAGGAAGAAGAAAUGAAAUUAAAGCUGGCAGAAAGUGCACGAUAUAAAAGUUAUAGGAGAUACAUGAAGAAUCAUGGUCCUGGCCAAAUUACAUUAGAUGAUUAAAGAAUAUAUUGGUAUGUUGAGCUAAGUUGCAGUCAAGUUCAACUCGUACUGAGAGAAAAGUCAGCAGAUGAAUUAAGGAGUGCAACAUAUGUGAAAUCUUAAAUAUGCACAAUAUAACCUUACGCAAAGUUGCUGAAUAUCAAGGUGAAAGUGCUUGUUUGAAUAAAUUUUGUAGACCAAAAUUUUUAAUAAAAUCAA